AUAAUUUAUUUCCUUCGAUUCUGGUGGGUGACAAGCUAGCGGUUGAAGUUCUUAUCAUUUGUUACUAAAUUAAUCAUUUAAACGUAAAUAUACUGCGUGAUUGAUGGGCGGCGGCUAGCAAUCUGUGGUUUUGGCAACUGGGCUGAAGAUAGUUCAAACGGAUUUUAGGCAAGCUUGCAAGCAACGAUUACAUCUAUGGAUGAUCAUGGUCUUCGUCAUGGACGGGAUCGGGGAGAAUCAUCAUCAUCAUCAAUUGAAAUCCAAAAUCAAUGGAGAGAGAUUCAAGAUUUACUUAAAGAGAGGUUGAUAACACAGGAUGAUUUCCCUUGGAAACUGCCCAUACCCAGCAGCAGCGGCAAUGUUGUUGUUGAAGAAGAAGGAACGUUAUUGAAAUAUGUGGGUGGGGUUGAUGUAAGCUAUUCUAAGGAAUUAGACUCAGCAGCAGCAGCAGCAUCAACGGCAGCAUGCGGAUGUGGAAGCCUUGUUGUUUUGGAUGUCACCACUCCCACUCUGCAAGUCGUCUACCAAGAUUUCUUUCUCCUCACCAAUUUCGAUGUCCCUUAUAUUCCUUCCUUCCUUGCUUUCCGAGAGGCUCCAAUACUGUUACAACUGUUACAGAAGAUGAAAAAAACUGACAAUCCAUUCCACCCCCAGUUACUGCUUGUUGAUGGCAAUGGUUUGCUACAUCCUCGAGGUUUCGGCUUGGCUUGCCAUCUUGGUGUUCUGGCUAAAAUCCCCACCAUUGGCAUAGGAAAGAAUCUGCAUCAUGUUGAUGGUCUCACUCAAUCUGGAGUGAGACAGCUUCUUCAGGCCAAAGAUAACAGUGGUGAAGAUUUUAUAGACGGGAUUCUCUGGCUGUGUAAGGGGAGCGGUAACAGAUUUUACUCAUCAUCUUCUUCUUCUAACACAGCAUAAAAAAGUCAUAUGUGAGUGAUGCAUUGCACAAUUUGAUCACAAGCACUUGUGAAAUGGCGAGUUGUUAAGGGAUCAGUCUACGAGGUCUUGCCGAGAUCUUUAUCAUCUUUCAUGUAAAACUCAAUGAAGUUAGCUUGGCGAAUCCCUCCUCUUACCUUGUGUGCCAUGUGUACAGAUGUUCCAAGGAUCAAGCACUCUAAUUAUUAUAACUGAAACUGGUUUUUAAAAUCAAAGCUGUAGAAAUUUGCAAAGAGCAGUUAAGGGAUGAUCAAGCCCACAUUCUCCCUCA